AUUCGCCGGAGGGGAGCUCGUGGCGGCCGUUGCGCCUUCGCCUCCGGCCCCUUAUAUGGCGUGGCGGGGAGGAGAGGAGCAUCUUCUCGCCUGAGAUUCCGUCGACGCCAUUGCUUGCUUGCUUGUUGCUUCCAUUCCAUUCCAUUCCACACACGAGUGAACGAGCGGGGAAGGUUCUAGAAGGUUCGGUUAGAGUUUUCUGGUCUGCCAUGGCGUCCACUGUGACGACGCCGAGCCGGCCGGUAUCCGCCGGGUGCCACCGGCGCUCGCCGCGGCGGUCAGCGCCCGUCGUGCUCUCCCUCGGCGGCGGGCCGCGGCGGCGCACGCCGUCGUCCACCAGCUGCUCGGCGCUCGCGUCGCCGGCGAAGCAGGGCACGGCCAAGCUCCCUCCGCCGCAGCCGACGGCGUCGAGGACCGCGGCGGCCGACGCGGAGCGGGAGCGGGAGCGGACGGACUACAACGAGGUGGCCGCCGCGCUGGAGAGCAUCUACAAGCUGAGCCCCGCCGUGGUCGAGGAGAAGGACGCCGACGAGGAGGACGAGAAGAGCAAACAGACCAAGCGGAAGAGAAAAGGCAGAGUGGGGAGGAGCCGGAACGCGACGGUGACGGUGAGGAGCAGCCGGAGGAGGAGGCGGGGACAGAGGAUGGACCUGGGGAAGAGGGUGGAGAUGAGGAGGAGGGAGGAAGAAGAGGGCGGCGGCGGCGCCGGCAAGGUGGAAGACGAGGAGCGGGGGUUCGAGGAGAUGCUGCUCCGGGAGCACGCCGUGUCCACCGACAUGGGCAGCCUCGACUGGAAGCGGAUGAAGAUCCCUCCCGUGCUCACCUCCGCCCAGAGCAUCCGCCUCUUCAGGAUCAUGCAGCCCAUGAAGGCGAUCAUGGAAAUGAAGGAGAACCUGGAGAACGAAGUGCAGAGCGAGCCAAACGACGCACAGCUCGCCGAGGCCAUGAACAUGUCCGUUCUUCAGAUGAGGCGCCAUCUCGAGGUCGGCCGAGCUGCCAGGAACAAGCUCAUCAAGCAUAAUCUCCGGCUGGUGCUGUACACGAUCAACAAGUACUACCCGGACAUGUCCAACGACGAGAGGUUCGACGACAUCUGCCAGGCGGGCGCCAACGGCUUGAUCACGGCGAUCGACCGGUUCGAGCCCAAGCGCGGCUUCCGCAUCUCCACCUACGCCCUCUUCUGGAUCCGCCACUCCAUCGUCCGCGCCAUCACCCUCUCCAACUUCACCCGCUUCCCCUUCGCCAUGGAAUCCGAGAGGCAGGAGAUCCACAGGGCUCGGGAGGAGCUGGCGUUCGAGCUGGGGAGGGCGCCGACGGAGGAGGAGGUGAUGAAGAAGGUGGGGCUGUCUCCGGCGAGGUACCGCGACGUGGUGCGGAUGACGAGGCCCACCUACUCCCUCCACGCGCGUAACAGGGUCACCCAGGAGGAGCUCAUCAACGAGGUCACCGACGACGACGCCAUCGGCGUCGACACCAGCAGCCACAACACCCUCCUCCGCCUCGCCAUCGACGACCUCCUGGAUUCGCUGAAGCCCAAGGAGAGCGUGGUGAUCCGGCAGAGGUUCGGGCUGGACGGGAGGGGGAAGCGGACGCUGAGCGAGAUCGCCGGAAACCUCAACAUCUCGAGGGAGAUGGUGCGCAAGUACGAGCUCAAGGCGCUCAUGAAGCUCAAGCACCCCACGCGAGUGGAAUACCUGCGCAGAUACAUGUGAAAACCACCAUGCAAUCGUCUCGUCUCUCUGCUGUGCAUAAAACAUGUAGUACAAGCAUGUAUUCCUAGCAAUCUUACUAAUUCCCCAAACCUGCAUAGCAUUAGCAAAUACCAACAACCACAGGUAUUCAUUCUACUCUGCAUAUUCUGCUGUAUAUAAUUUCUGCAUGAUCCCCUCUGCAUUGCAGAUUACAGAUACAAAAUACACUGAGAUGAUUCCGUGUUAUAGAUACAGGAACGGUGUGUGUGUGUGUGUGUGUGUGUGUGUGUGUGUCCACGAGUUUUUUUUCCAAGUGAGGUUGCGGUACAUAUGCACCUCAGAUGUAAGUAAUUCUUACUUAGCAUAUAGAUACGGUGCAGGGGAUGAUCCGAUCCCUGCUUAGCUUAGCUCAUACGCUGUGCAUUCAAAAGAAAAGACAUUUCCUUUUCCUAUCAA